AUGUACUGGAGGACGGAGCUCUUUUCAGUUUAUGACGAGCUGGACCCUCUGGAGGUCCCUCCUCUGACUCCCACCAGUAAGGAGGUCCUCAGUCAGGCGGUGAAAGCCAGUUUUGCUGGUUUCUCUCAGGAAAUAAUCAAGCAUCACUUCCUGCCUGAUCCUACUUCAUGGUCAGAGUGGGAGGUGAACCACUGGCUGGACUGGUGCCAGGCUGAGUUUGGUCUCCAGGGUCUGGGCUCAGAACUGAGGGGUCUGCAGGGCAGUGAGCUGUGCUGUCUGGACAGGGAGGCCUUUCUAGGCCUGAUGUCAGACUGCACUGCUGGGGAGAUCCUGUGGGAGCACCUGGAGACCAUGAGAGGAGAAUCCUACUCAGAUUAUACUGUAGAUACUUCAGACAAACAUAUUUACCAGCUGCAGUGUCGUGCAGCAGAGAGCUCAACCCUCCUUAGUCUGGAGCCUGGGAGGGUCCAACUAGAAGCUUCUAAUCAGGCGAAAACACAAGAGCUCCAGAGGAUCACCUCUAUUGGUGGGAUACCAGAAAUACACAGGAACAAAGACACACAGUCAGGACUGAAGAAGGCUCAAAACUGUGACUCUCUGUGGUGGACUCCUCUGUUUAAUAAUGCUGAGUCAGCAAUGGAAGAGAGUUCAUUUGAUGAUGUUUUCAUGAUACAGCAGAAACAGCUGAGCCUCAAAGAAAAUGCUGGCACUAAACCAGUUGUGGGUAAAGCUGUGAUCCCAGCAGCCAUCCUGGCUGGUUACACUGGAAGUGGACCCAUUCAGCUGUGGCAGUUCCUGCUGGAGCUUCUGACAGACCGCAGCUGUCAAUCAUGUAUCAGCUGGACUGGAGACGGGUGGGAGUUUAAACUAACAGAUCCAGAUGAGGUUGCUCUGCUGUGGGGCCGGAGGAAGAACAAACCCAAGAUGAACUACGAGAAGCUGAGUCGUGGUCUACGCUACUACUACGACAAGAACAUCAUCCGAAAGACCGCCGGCAAACGCUACGUCUACCGCUUCGUCUGCAACCUGCAAGGCCUGCUGGGAUACGAGCCUGGUGAGCUGCACGCCAUGUUGGACAGCAGCAAAAGACACUGGUCAAGAGAAUAAACAGAACCGUGGACAGAGACAAGAACAGAGAGGUUUACAUUUUAAAAAUGAGGCUCACGUAGAUGUUGAGUUUUGGUAAAGUUAUGGUGUAAUAAAGUGUAAGCAUGGUUAUGUUUAGGAGAAGUUUUUUUCUUCUAUGUGAUGCUACUGCUGAGACUCCAUGACCAAGUCCUCUGUCAGGAUCCUUCUUCCUGUUGGUGUUUCUGUUGUUUCACUCUGACCGUUUGUCUUCUGUUCUCCUUGUCUUCUAGUAAAGUCUAAAUCAAACUAUUCAUUGUGGAAUGAAUGACUGAUGAUAAAAUAUAUACAAGAACUGCACACAUAACACACCUAUCAGGUGAAUGGUAGCAGAAGGUGGGCCAGAAUGCAGAACAGUAGAAGGAGGUUGAAGGUAAAAUAAAGUUAAACAAAAAACUAAAUGAAAAAAACACAAACAAAAAAAAAAAA